AGGUGGAGCGAGAAGAAACCCGAUUGGUCUUACUUCAGGAGGAUACGUCGCGUAGCCAUAGAGACUCCCGUCGACGAGGAGAAACGACUUUGGAAUAAAUGAUAGCACGGGGAAGGGAUCCCUGGAGGGGUACUGAUAAUCAAGGACCAGAAAGAAGAGAAUUCGGAAAUUUUCAACAACUCAAAGGAGAUUUCAUUUCGACCUUGAUUCUAAGUUGGAUCCAAAGAAAGGGUGUUUGUCAUCCAUUCGAUUCAGCGAAUUUCUACGUCUGAAUUUCUGCCGAAUUUCGCGGGCGUUCGUAAGAAGCGCGUUGAAUUUCCUCGGAUCGAGAGUGGAGGAGCGAGCAGCAGCCAAGCGUCCGUAAGUACAUCGGUAGUCCCUUUCCCCUCGUAUCUCGUACCAUCGACGGUGGGCACGAUCGCGAAGCAACAAGUGUUACCAGCUCUUCGGGAUCGCCCCGCCCCCAACUAGCAGCCGCUGUGUCGGAGCAAUCGGUGGAAACUGCCCUGAGGCGAUGCAACCACCUCACUCGAGCGCCGAUCGCGCAAGCAACUAGGAAUCCUCGUCCGACACCGGCUCCUCUCGCGCGCCUCCAGCAUUCUCGACUUUGCUGGAAAAACGAACGAGAACGCGAUGUUUUCGGUGAUCUUGUGCAGCCAAAACGCGAGCUUUCCACAGUGAUUUCUUGCUUACCCUCGCGUACACGUCGAUCGUCGAAGUGACAGCAAUCGAUUCUCCGUGAUAGAUCUUUGUCGAACGCGUUUUCAAAAGUUUUUGUAUCUCGCGCGAUAGAUCAUCGUCGAUUGUGCGCUACUCCAGUGAGUAUUCCGCGAAAAACUCGAAACGGGGACAUUGAGAAGAAAGUGAAAUAACCGUGAGGGAAAGUGGUAACCGAAGGUGGUUCGUUCGAUCGAAAAUUCAUCGCCCUGUCGGGUCAAGUUUCGAGGUGAUCGACGAAGAAAGAGAUCCAAGUAUCCGUUGCCCGUUUAUUCGCCUGUUCUGGAACGUCGAUGGUGCCGUGGAGAGUGGCCGAUAGUGGAAGCGAAGGAAAAGAGAGCAAAACGGGUCGAUGCACAAAGAGGAGCGCAGAUUAGAAUUGCCGUAGCCGUUGAGUCACGACGAAGAAAAAGAAUUUGCGCGAAGAUAGAGACCGAGACCUCAACGCGUUCCCGACGGAUCAACACGAUGCUCCUCUCGUUCGUUGCGUUUCCCGCACGCCGUAAUCGAGUGCAAAAUUAAUUAAACGUGACAAACGUGCGCGUCGAUAACAGUGAAUAUCGGCGAGGGAAGACGAGACAAGAAACGAAGAAACGAGCGGAAAAUCGCGGACGCGGUUCGAGCAGGGCCGCGCGUAACGGAAGUGACGUUCUAUCGCGAUAAAAUGGUCAUUCCAAUUAGUCGAUGAACCGUUCUUCGGUAACGUGCGCGUCCUCCGAAUCGAUAAAUCCGUCGAUUCCUUCGUCCCCUAUCGUUCCCGUUAUUUUUCUCUUGACCGGAACGAAAGCGAAAGAUGAACGACGUCAUGGGAGAGGCAUCCGGUUCGAUUUCGUCGAGCAAUGGUAGCGACGGUAACUGCGGUGCCGGCUCCAGCAACGGUAACACCAGCAACAACAAUAACAACAACAAUAACGGUAACAACGUGAAAGCGUCGACGAUCGGCGCUAACGGAGGCGAGAGGAUCAGCGCGGCGGUCACCAAAGUUCUUCAGGGAUACGACUGGACUCUGGUACCUGUUGCUACCAAGGGUUCCGGCGACAAAAGAGCGGCGCACGUGAAAAGGCCGAUGAACGCGUUUAUGGUAUGGGCCCAGGCUGCCAGACGAAUACUCGCCGACCAGUAUCCUCAACUUCACAACGCGGAGCUGUCCAAGACCUUAGGGAAACUUUGGCGAUUGCUGUCGGACAACGACAAGAAACCGUUCAUCGAGGAGGCGGAUCGUCUUCGCGUGAUCCACAAGCGCGAGCAUCCGGAUUAUAAGUAUCAGCCCCGACGGCGGAAUCAGAAUCGAACGGCGGGCAGGGAGAGUUCGCCAUCGAGGAAUCAAAGCAACGCGAGCUUCAACGUGUCCAGGUCGUUGAAGCAGGAGGACGCGAGUCCGAGGGGCGCGCAAGGGCCUAAUUCGCCUCAAAGCGGGAUCAGCCUGUCCCCUCCGACCACUCCGAAUCACGGACUUUCACCGCCGACUCCUCCCACCACUCCCCGUGGUCAACACUACGCGAAUCAGGCCGCCCAUCAGCCGCAACAACAGAACAACAACGUCUACCAACAGCAGCAACAGGAUCUCGCGAUCGCAUCCUCCAGCGAGUCUCCGCAUCAGCAUCAUCAGCAACAGCAGCAACAGCAAUCAAACGUCGAUUUUCGGUACAUAGAUGUUGGCGAGGGGCUACCGAUCGAAGAGGGUCAAUUGAACGGGCUCGGAUCUCUUGGCGGGGUCGGUCUAAAUAUUUCGUUGAACCCUCAGGAAUGCGAGGUCGAGAGCAGCGAGCUGGACCAGUACCUCCGACCUCAAGUGCCAUCGAUGCACGUGCCUCCUUCGGCGAGCACCGCGUCUCAGUGGAUUUUCAACAGAUACGACGAGGAAAUCGAGAGGCCGAACAAACGACAUUGCUCGGAGCAGACGAUCGCCGAGGCUUCUUGGGAAGACAGACCGCCACAGGAGAUAGUCCGUUACCACGAACUGCAACCACCCCUUCCUCCCAUGCAAUACAUAUCCUCUUCUCACAAUCCUCACUACUCGCACGCGACCACGCAGAUGAGCCAUCCCCACGUGUCUCCAUCGUACGCGCAGUACCAACGUUACGUACCUGGUAUCGAGAGUUGGCCUCACUACAUGUAGGAACGAGAAGACAAAGUUUAAUGCAGCGUACGGUUCAGAGCUCGUUUUCAAACGAACGGUGAUUAAAACGAUAUCGAUGCUCGAUCGUUCGAUGCUUGGAGAACGAGCGACGGAUAGGUUCGUGGCGUGUACGGCGCAGCUCACAGACACUCACGAUUCUUACUCCAUGACAUCAUUCCAUGACAGCUGGCCAUUCCAAAGCGCAGAAUUUCAAGUUAAACAAACCGAGACCGCUCGAUACCACCGUGUCUCGCGCCGAUCCGAACGUCUAAUAAAGUAUGCAUAAGACAGCAAUUAUAAACUGGACGUUGGAGAGCGGUUGGUUCGUCGGACGAAACUGGCGUACUGAACGCUCUUGAAAUAAAUUCGCGAUGCGAGACGUUCUCCGCUUUCUUCGAGGUUUCUUCUUCGAAUCUGUUAGGAGGAAUACGGUGGUAAGCGGUAUAGCGAUCAUUUCUUCCCUCGAAGCUUGUGAUCUAACUUGGCUAUUUCUAUUAUUACCAUUAUUCCUUUAUUCGACAAUUAUUAUUAUUUUAUUAUCUAUUAUUAUUAUUAUUAUUACUAUUGUUGACGAAAGGAGAGCAAAGAGGCGAGCGUACAGCAAGCAACGAAUCGACGGCCAUCGAAGCACGCCAAGCGUCGUCGCGUAACGAUCGCCUGAAAUUAUUCCUCGUUACAAUCCGACGCUCGUGCCUUUGUACUUAGAUAUUUAUUGCGCCGCCUGUAACGUGUAGAUCGCCGCGUUCACGCGACACCGUUCCGAUGCUAAUUUAACGACACCGUUUAUUGUAUACUAAGGUUUAUAGGAAUAAACGAAGCGUUUCCAAAUGA